AUGACAGGCAUACUUCCUGGGGCCCAUCAAGUGACACUGUUUCACCAAGAGUACCCCGAUCAUGCUCACUCUGCAAAGCUGGUAGAGUGGACAGAAACCAUCAGGGAGAGUCCUGCAAGCCAUUCUGCUAAUCUGACUUGUCGAGCAUUCUUUGGAUACAGUGGAGAAGUCAGUCCUUUAAUGUAUUGGAUGAAAGGCGAAAAGUUUAUUGAGGAUUUAGAUGAAAGUCGGGUUUGGGAGAGUGAUAUUAGAGUCCUUAAGGAACAUCUUGGAGAACAAGAAGUUUCCAUCUCAUUAAUUCUUGAUUCAGUAGAAGAAGGGGAUCUUGGAAAUUACUCAUGCUAUGUUGAAAAUGGAUAUGGCCGCAGACAUGCUACAGUUAUUCUACUUAAGAGGGAGCUGAUGUAUACAGUUGAGCUUGCUGGAGGGCUUGGUGCUAUUCUGCUGCUACUCGUUUGUUUAGUGACUAUUUACAAGUGCUACAAGAUAGAAAUUAUGCUAUUCUACAGGAACCAUUUUGGUGCAGAAGAAUUAGAUGGAGAUAACAAAGAUUAUGAUGCAUAUCUAUCAUACACCAAAGUGGAUCCUGACCAAUGGAAUCAGGAAACUGGGGAAGAAGAACGAUUUGCUCUUGAGAUCUUACCAGAUAUGCUUGAAAAACAUUAUGGGUACAAACUAUUCAUUCCUGACAGAGAUUUAAUUCCAACUGGAACCUACAUAGAAGACGUGGCAAGAUGUGUAGACCAAAGCAAGCGAUUGAUCAUUGUCAUGACUCCAAAUUACGUGGUGAGAAGAGGCUGGAGCAUCUUUGAAUUGGAAACAAGACUUAGGAACAUGCUCGUUACGGGAGAAAUUAAAGUGAUCCUCAUUGAAUGCAGUGAACUGCGGGGAAUUAUGAACUACCAGGAAGUCGAGGCCCUGAAACAUACCAUCAAGCUUCUAACUGUUAUUAAAUGGCAUGGGCCAAAAUGCAACAAGUUGAAUUCCAAAUUCUGGAAACGUUUACAGUACGAAAUGCCUUUUAAGAGGAUAGAACCCAUUACACAUGAGCAGGUUUUAGAUGUUAGUGAGCAGGGGCCCUUUGGGGAACUGCAGACGGUCUCAGCAAUUUCCAUGGCUGCUGCUACCUCCACUGCUCUUGCCACAGCCCACCCUGAUCUGCGCUCCACUUUUCAUAACACAUAUCAUUCACAGAUGCGCCAGAAACACUAUUAUCGAAGCUAUGAAUAUGAUGUACCUCCUACUGGCACCCUGCCUCUUACCUCAAUAGGUAACCAGCAUACUUAUUGCAACAUCCCAAUGACACUUAUUAAUGGACAGAGGCCACAGACAAAAACUAACCGAGAGCAGAAUCCUGACGAGGCUCAUACAAACAGUGCAAUCCUGCCCCUCUUACCACGGGAAACGAGUAUCUCCAGUGUCAUUUGGUGACAUCCGUGCAAGGGGGAGUCAGCUCCCUUGUUCAGAAGCAAGGUCUGCAGUCUGGUGCCUGGAACUACAUCCUCGA